GCAAUAUCUUUGAAUUUGAAAAUGAUUGAUGAGCUACCAUUGAUAUAUGAUCUUCUGCCUUGUCCACCCUUUGGAAACUAUUCGGCUUCGUGCAAGUCAUCAGAAAUCAACAAGGGCUCCACUUCGUACUUCACCUUGGAACGAAGGACCUACAACCCCUUGACCGCCAACUACCUGACAGCCGAGGUUGCAUGUCCGUACAAUGCUGGCAGCACCAGACAUGCUGGUGUUGCUAAGGCAACCGAAUCCACAGCGAUCUUCUCUGUCUGUGGUGAAUUUUACAAAGGCAAGAACAUGGUACAAAUUAUCACUUCUGAAAUCGAGUGGAACAAUGUUUACUCAGGAAAUGCUGCCAACACAUCAUCGUCAUUGUCAAGUCCGGGAGCUGGUGGUAGGAAAAAUUGCAACCAGGACCUGAUGAAUUAUGAAAACAGAUCUCAGGCCAAAAGACCUGCCAAAACAAGUGGAGAGCAUCAAAAAUCUCCAAUUAACAUUGAAGAGGAGGGUGUCACAUAUCAUCCUGAACCAGGUUUGGAAACAGAAGUAGAACCUGAAGAAAAUUCAGGUGGUAAUGGGACUCAAGACAAGCUCCAAAAGGUCAAGAGGAGUAACAGGUUAAAAUCAGCAAUGAAUGUGACAAAUGGCAACGGAAAAAUUUGA